AUGUUUACUUUGGUUUCCGCACAAAAUGUGCAUUUAUGGAGUGCAAAGGAUCUUCAAGGUCGAAGCAUUGAUUAUUUCAUGGAACAUUUAAAGCUCUUCAUUCAUUUUUAUCAGAAAUUUGAUAUGGAUGUGGAUGGUGAAGCUUUCUCUAAUUUUCAAGCGUUGUUGGACAAAUACGAUACAUAUGAAAAUGAUACUUUCUAUGAUACACGGAGGGUUGCCGAAAUGCUCACGCCCUCAUGUGAGAGUCUCAUACGUAAUUGCAAGCUAUCAGGUGUUGAAGUCGAAUGCUUCAGCCGUAAGACAUUUCAGAAAAGUUUGACGACUUAUGGAUUUUGUUGUACCUUUAAUACAGGAAAUUUUUACAACAAUCGUAAAAUGCGUGAUCAAUUCGUCAAUCCGGAACUUGGUUUGACGGUCGUUUUGAAUACCAGCCAUAAAGAUGAUUUCAUGUCGUUAUUGACCAUAGAUGGUUACAUUGUCAUCGUCCAUGAUUCCGAUAUCUUUGCCGAUACAACAUCGGGUGAGUCACACGAGCUAUUUGUAACAUCUGGUGAAGAGUCCUUUCUGGAGUUGCAUGCUCUUUUGGUUUAUACAGAACCCAAUUUGAGUUCAUUUAGUCCGCAUACACGUAAAUGUUAUUUCGAAGAUGAAUUUUCUCUGUAUGCAACGCAUACUCAAUGGAAUUACAGUUUCUCCAAUUGUGUAACUCGCUGCCGGAUUCGUAGUAUUAUGGCGUUGUGUCGUUGUAUACCCUUUUAUAUGGAUACCAGAAUGUUGUCGGAUAAUGAUGGCGUCAUUUACUGUACCCUGCACCAUGUGCCUUGCCUGCUCAGCUAUAAAUUUAAAUGGAGCAAUGUGCUAACAUACCGUGAGUUCGUGCCUGGUUUACAACGUGCCUACGAAGAAGCUCUGUACUGUCCGGAAUGCCUGCCAGCCUGCAACGAUAUACAAUAUGGUGUGUCCUUCAUGACAUUGCCUAUAGACCGAUUCUUAGCUACCAAUACGAAAGCUGAAUUGGAUAACAUCGGCCUGGAUUUGGAGGAGAUGUCUGUAUUGCGUAUCCACUUUGAUGAACCAUAUGCAAAGUAUUAUAAGCGCGUGGUGGGUAAUAUCUGGUAUGAAGCAUUGUGUACAAUUGGUAAUGUAACCUCAAUUUUUCUGGGCUUCUCUAUUGUUGCAGCCUUUGAGAUUGGCUUCUUUACAUCAAAAUACGUAAUACUUGUUAUUAAAUCAGCCAUAAGCCAAGAUCAUAAAAAAGGCAAAAAGAAAGACGAGAUGCAACUGUAUAUAUGUCCAUAA